AUGGCACGCGUAUUUUUCUCGACAUCACCUUUGACAGGCGAGACCCUCGUUACCAACAUCAACAACAAUAACAGCAACAACAAGAGGGUCAGCGAAUACGAGUUCCCUACAGCAAUCAAGGUCGAUCUGCCCUAUCAAUCCUACCUCAACCACCCUUACAACCAGCAAUCCGCUCCCAAUAAGACUUCUCAGCCUCACUCUCAGAUCCAAAAGCCUCAGGCCUAUGUCAGCAAGUACAACAGUUACACCAACAGCAGUAAGACCAUGCGUGUAAUCACCAUCCCCAGCUCGACCUCUGCAGCCCUGUCUGCCAUCGAAAAGGCAAAAGGAGGACGACUGAACGACGACUUCAUGAACAGUCCUACCUCCCCUCUGGUGUCGCCACCUCCACCUUAUCUACAUUCGGAGCAGUCCGAGUUUAAGUUCGGAGGGUUUACCGACAAAAAGAACAAGCAGCAACAUCGCCAGUCGGCUCAAUGGCCCUCGAUGAUGCAGAUCUCUGCCUCCACGGGCGCCACCACUGCAACUCUGACUCGACCAAAAUUAGCAAGGAUGCCUCCACAGGCCAUUGCCAUCAACAUUGGGGGCGCAGACGAGACUGGUUCCGUCAAGGCCUCUUUGAGCCCUCGCGUCAGCCGGCUGGUGGAGAGCGGCGAAUCCGAGAACCUGUACAACCUGCAGAUGUCAGACGAUCAUCACCACACCAUUGGAACCACAACCUCGACGCUCUCGGCCUCGACCACAGUGCUCCAUUCCUACAAUGCGACGACUCUUUCUUACCCAACCUUCUGGCAAGAUGCCCGCCAGACAAAGAUGCACUGGGCGUUUCUCUCCAUUGGGUGUGUCGCUUUGGGUUCGGCGAUCUGGGUUCUUGUGAUGCAGGCCUUUAUUGUCGAGUGGGCCAUGGUGAUGCCCGGGGCAACAUUGGGCCUUUUGGCCUUGCAGUUCGGACGUUACCGCUCGAAACGCAGCAAGUACUUCAAGCAGCAACGUAACGAGCAAGCAUCUUGCAUGCAGUCAAAGGACACGACGGCGUCGACGACGCUUCGGUCCAUUAUCACACAACAGCGUGAUUCAGAUGUUUUCCUGGAGCCUCACCAACCCCGCGAUUACUACCACGCAGCCGCCUAUCAGCAACAGCAGAAACAACAGGCAACGCGCUCGCAGCAUGUGACCUUCCAGGAUUCGCCUCCUUCUCCUACGUCUUCUUCUACGACCAAGCCUCACCAGUUCAACCAGCAGCUCUACAAGCAGCCACGUCUCUCUCAGGUGACCAAGAAGCCCUCUCCCAACAACCAGCAACAGAGACGCCCAUUGACUGUCAACCCUGGUCUGUACCGCGCCACCGUCGGUGCUGGUGCCACUGCUGGAUCGCCCACCAACCAGGUCAACAAUGGUAGCCCAUACUACCAGAACCCUCAGUUCCUCUCCCCCGUCGAAUCACCCCAGACGCCUCCUCCAGCUUACUUCUUGAAGAAGAUCGAGUUGCCCGAGAUCGACUCUGUGGGCGAUCUUGUCAGCGAGUUUGAAUGCGACCUUGGAUCCAUCCGGUACUGA